AUGGCGGUGCCUGCGCGCCAGGAGACGGCCGCGCUGGCAGCGCAUCGAGCGGAGGCUUGGCGGUUUUGGACAGACGUGCUGGGCGCUCCCCGCCACGUGUGUGCGCCCAUGGUCUGGAACAGCGAGGCUGCCUUUCGCUGUCUUGUGCGUGACCAUGGUGCCCACUUGGCAUACACACCAAUGUGGCGAGCAGCUAUUGUAUGCCAGUACCGCGAUAGUCCAGAGUGGACGCCGCGCACGCCCGCGGAGAAGGAAGCCGCAGGUAUACUCUAUGACGUACAAUGUGCCCCAGAGCAGGACCGACCGCUCAUCGCCCAGUUGUGCGCCACCAAAGUCGAAGAUUUUGUGGCUGCAGCGCAAAUUCUCGAGCCCUUUGUAGACGCCAUCGAUCUCAACUUGGGCUGUCCGCAAAACACGGCAAAGCGCGAAGGCUUUGGGGCCUAUCUCAUGGAUGAUUUGCCUCGCGUUGAAGCCAUGCUAAGAGCCGCACGCGCCGUUCUGCACAAGCCGAUCACAGCUAAAGUCCGCCUCUUCCCGACCCUCACGGCCACCCGCGCCUACUUGCAAAUGUUGGAGGCAGCCGGUUGCUCCCUGAUUGCCAUUCAUGCACGAUUGCGUGGACAACGACAUCACCAAGGGCAGCCCGACUUUGCCAUGGUGCGUGAGGCCCGUGAUGCCGUGGACAUCCCACUGCUGGUCAAUGGCGGCGUGCGCAGCCUGCGCCAGGCGGAGAGCGUUCUCGAGUACACGGGGGUCGCAGGCGUUAUGGUGGCCGGUGCUCUGCUCGAGUUGCCACGCCUCUUUGCGGGACAAAUGGAUUUGGCGCGUUUGGCCGAUGCCAGGCUCUACCUACAAUAUGCCGAGCGCUACCCGCCACCCGCCAUUCGCUAUGUUCGAGAUCACCUCAUGACCCUUUUAAAGCCUGUGCUUUAUGCCCAUCUCUGGCUCGACCUUUAUAACCUCGUCAACCGCAAUCGCCGCGUUUGCACCCUGGAGCAGUAUCGUCUCAUCCUUGCUGUCCUGGAACAUCGCCUGCAAUACCAUCGUGCGCCCACCCAUGGCCCCAGUGAUGAGCGUCUCGACCAAACAGAUGUACCGGCUUUGGAGGAUGCAGUCGCGUGUUUGAGUCUGCAGGCCAAUCCCCAAGAAAAUGUGAUCCAACCCGCGGCUAGCAUCGACCCCCAAACCCAGCCUUCCUGCACGCCAGACCAGCCUGCGCUUGGAGGCACGGCCACACUUAGCACGGCAGAAGGCUUGCCGGUUCACAACUACACGAGUUUUCGUGCGCCAACCCGGCAAGCCAUCGACUUUCGCUGCACCUUGUGCGACACGGUGCCCACCCUCCGCGCCAUUGUUCAUUGCGCAGCCCGAAUGUCUGAACCUCGGGCUGCAGCCGAGCGGCCAGCAUCGGCCGCCCGUCUGGCUGCUCGCAUUCCAGCUCCCGAACUUCCCAAACGUGCCUUCGUCGGCCCCUUUGAUUUGAAAGACGCUUGGCGUGUACGCUUUGACCCUGAUGUAUUGGAGGAGGAGGAGGACGAUACGCAAGGGCGUGAGGCACACCUAUUGCCUGCCAUUUGUGAGGACCUGCUCUUCGACUUUAUCCAAGAACCAAUCCGCGAUAUUGUAGCCGAAACGUGGAAUUCCUCAAAUUUACGUGAGGCCGCUCUAGCCGCAGACACCCUGCUGAACGAGGUCAUUCGGAACGAUGUACAGCGCCUCACACAACGUCAGGUGCAGCGCCAUCUCCUCGCAUUAGUUGGGGCUCGGUUGCGUCGAGAGAUUUUUGACCAAGUUGUCCACCGACUGCUUCGGGAAACGGUGGUUGAUACGGUCGCCGAUAUUUAUGGCGAAGCCUUCUCCUUGGUGGUCACACGUGACUUGAUCAACAGCGUAGUCACUGAAGCUGUUGAAGCAGCACGGCCUAAACCACCAUAUCGCCGACUACUCUCACCCGUGAGCCGGGCGUUGCACACCGUUUGCGCUGCGAUUGCCGACGGAGACGGAGUCAUAAUGCUGGUGCUAGACGUGGAGCUGGUGCUGGAAGUAGAGCUUGUGCUAGAGGUAGAGCUGGUGCUUGAGGUGGAACUGGUGCUAGAGCUUGAUGUUGUACUCGAGGUUGAGCUUGUGCUGGAUGUUGAGCUGGAGCUAGACGUGAAGCUGGUGCUGGAGGUAGAGCUUGUGCUGGAAGUAGAGCUUGUGCUGGAGGUAGAGCUUGUGCUAGAGCUUGAUGUUGUACUGGAGGUAGAGCUCGUGCUGGAAGUUGAUGUAGUACUGGAGGUAGAGCUUGUGCUGGAAGUAGAGCUGGUGCUAGAUGUUGAUGUAGUACUGGAAGUAGAGCUGGUGCUAGAGCUUGAUGUUGUACUGGAAGUAGAGCUGGUGCUAGAUGUUGAUGUAGUACUGGAAGUAGAGCUGGUGCUGGAAGUAGAGCUUGUGCUGGAGGUAGAGCUUGUGCUGGAGGUAGAGCUUGUGCUGGAAGUAGAGCUUGUGCUGGAAGUCGAGCUUGUGCUGGAAGUUGAGCUGGUGCUGGUUGUUGAUGUAGUACUGAAGGUAGAGCUGGUGCUGGAAGUAGAGCUUGUGCUGGAGGUAGAGCUUGUGCUAGACGUCGAACUGGUGCUAGAGGUUGAUGUAGUACUGAAGGUAGAGCUUGUGCUGGAAGUAGAGCUUGUGCUGGAAGUCGAGCUUGUGCUGGAAGUAGAGCUGGUGCUGGAUGUAGAGCUGGUGCUAGAUGUUGAUGUAGUACUGGAAGUCGAGCUGGUGCUGGAAGUAGAGCUGGUGCUGGAAGUAGAGCUUGUGCUGGAAGUCGAGCUGGUGCUGGAAGUCGAGCUUGUGCUGGAGGUAGAGCUUGUGCUGGAAGUCGAGCUGGUGCUGGAUGUAGAGCUGGUGCUAGAUGUUGAUGUAGUACUGGAAGUCGAGCUGGUGCUGGAGGUAGAGCUUGUGCUGGAUGUAGAGCUUGUGCUGGAAGUAGAGCUUGUGCUGGAAGUCGAGCUUGUGCUGGAAGUCGAGCUGGUGCUGGAUGUAGAGCUGGUGCUAGAUGUUGAUGUAGUACUGGAAGUCGAGCUGGUGCUGGAAGUAGAGCUGGUGCUGGAAGUAGAGCUUGUGCUGGAAGUCGAGCUGGUGCUGGAAGUCGAGCUGGUGCUGGAAGUAGAGCUGGUGCUGGAUGAAGAGCUGGCGCUGGAGGUUGAUGAAGUACUGGAGGUGGAGCUGCUUGAUGAAUUACUGGAAGUAGAGCUGGUGCUAGAGGUUGAUGUAGUACUGAAAGUGGAGCGAAAGCUAGUACUUGAUGAGCUGGUGCUCGAGGUGGAGCUAGUACUCGAUGAAGAGCUGGUGCUUGAGAUUGAGUUGAUACUGUGA